UCGUCUCCUGAGAGCCCGGGGAGACCCCUGCCCUCCUUUGGAUUACUGGGCCCACUACGUGGUCGGCGAGACGGGGAGUUUUCGUGGCCGUGGACCAGCCGUGCGCGUCGCUGGAUUUGUAUGUGCCGGUGGGACCCUGGGGCUCUUUGGAGCUCCCGUUCAUGUGGAAGUUUUGAGCCCUUUUGAAUCCCUUAAAGGAGAAGCCGCUGCUCGCAAUGAGCUCCCAAAGCCAUCCAGAUGGACUUUCUGGCCGAGACCAGCCGGUGGAGCUGCUCAACCCUGCCCGCGUGAACCACAUGCCCGGCUCGGUGGAUGUGGCCUCGGCGCUGCCUUUGCCAGUGGCCCCCCCGGCGGUGCCCAUGGACCUGCGCCUGGACCACCAGUUUCCGCUGCCCGCGACGGAGCCCGGCAUCCGGGAGCAGCAGCUGCAGCAGGAGCUCCUGGCCCUCAAGCAGAAGCAGCAGCUCCAGAGGCAGAUCCUCAUCGCCGAGUUCCAGAGGCAGCACGAGCAGCUGUCCCGGCAGCACGAAGCCCAGCUCCAUGAGCACAUCAAACAACAGCAGGAGCUGCUGGCCGUGAAGCACCAGCAGGAGCUGCUGGAGCAUCAGCGGAAGCUGGAGAGACACCGCCAAGAGCAGGAGCUGGCGAAGCAGCAGCGGGAGCAGAAGCUGCAGCAGCUCAAGCACAAGGAGAAAGGCAAAGAGAGUGCUGUGGCCAGCACAGAAGUGAAGAUGAAGCUGCAGGAGUUUGUCCUCAAUAAGAAGAAGGCGCUGGCCCACCGGAACCUGAACCACUGCAUGUCCAGUGACCCUCGCUACUGGUAUGGGAAGACGCAGCACAGCUCCCUGGACCAGAGCUCCCCGCCCCAGAGCGGGGCGUCGGUCUCCUACAGCCACCCGGUCCUGGGCAUGUACGACGCCAAAGAUGACUUUCCUCUCAGAAAGACAGCAUCUGAACCCAAUCUGAAAUUACGCUCCAGGCUAAAGCAGAAAGUGGCUGAAAGACGGAGCAGCCCCCUGUUACGCAGGAAAGAUGGGCCAGUGGUCACGGCUCUAAAAAAGCGUCCUUUGGAUGUCACAGACUCGGCCUGCAGCAGCGCCCCGGGCUCCGCACCCAGCUCACCCAACAACAGCUCUGGGAACGCCAGCGCGGAGAAUGGGAUCGCGCCCGCCGUCCCCAGCGUCCCGACCGAGACCAGCCUGGCACACAGACUCGUGACGCGAGAAGGCUCGGUGGGCCCGCUGCCCCUGUACACGUCACCAUCCCUGCCCAACAUCACGCUGGGACUUCCCGCCACCGGCCCCUCCGCGGGGGCGGCCAGCCAGCAGGAGGCCGAGAGACUGGCCCUCCCGGCCCUCCAGCAACGCAUCUCCCUCUUCCCCGGCACCCACCUCACCCCCUACCUGGGCACCGCACCCCUGGAGCGCGACUCGGGGGCGACUCCCAGCUCCCUUCUGCAGCACGUGGUCCUCCUGGAGCAGCCGCCCGCGCAGACGCCCCUUGUCACAGACCGCUAUCUUGCAGGCCUGGGAGCGCUGCCCCUGCACGCGCAGCCCCUGGUGGGGGCAGAGCGCGUGUCCCCGUCGGUGCACAAGCUGCGGCAGCACCGCCCGCUGGGCCGCACGCAGUCGGCGCCGCUGCCCCAGAGCGCGCAGGCGCUGCAGCACCUGGUGGUCCAGCAGCAGCAUCAGCAGUUCCUGGAGAAGCACAAGCAGCACUUGCAGCAGCCGCAGCUGCACCUCAGCAAGAUCAUCCCCAAAGCGAGCGAGCCGGCCCGGCAGCCCGAGAGCCACCCCGAGGAGACCGAGGAGGAGCUGCGCGAGCACCAGGCCCUCCUGGAGGAGCCGUUCCUGGACCGGCCCUCAGGGCCGAAGGAGGCGCACACGCUGGCCGGGGUGCAGGUGAAGCAGGAGCCCGUUGAGAGCGACGAGGACGACGUGGCGCCGGGCCAGCGGCAGCCCACCGAGCAGGAGCUGCUGUUCAGACAGCAAGCCCUCCUCCUGGAGCAGCAACGGGUCCACCAGCUGAGGAGCUACCAGGCGUCAAUGGAGGCGGCCGGCAUCCCCGUGUCCUUCGGCGGCCACCGGCCUCUGUCCCGAGCUCAGUCCUCCCCCGCGUCCGCCACCUUCCCCAUGUCUGUGCAGGAGCCCCCGACCAAGCCGCGGUUCACCACAGGCCUCGUGUACGACACGCUGAUGCUGAAACACCAGUGCACCUGUGGGAACACCAACAGCCACCCCGAGCACGCCGGGCGCAUCCAGAGCAUCUGGUCCCGGCUGCAGGAGACCGGCCUUCGAGGCAGAUGCGAGUGCAUCCGCGGACGCAAGGCCACCCUGGAGGAGCUGCAGACGGUGCACUCAGAGGCGCACGCCCUGCUCUACGGCACAAACCCCCUCAACAGGCAGAAACUGGACAGUAAGAAACUUCUAGGCUCGCUAACAUCGGUGUUUGUCAGGCUGCCCUGCGGUGGUGUCGGGGUAGACAGUGACACCAUAUGGAACGAGGUCCACUCGUCAGGGGCAGCCCGCCUGGCCGUGGGCUGCGUGGUGGAGCUGGUCUUCAAGGUGGCCACAGGGGAACUGAAGAAUGGCUUUGCCGUGGUCCGCCCCCCAGGACACCAUGCGGAGGAGAGCACGCCCAUGGGGUUCUGCUACUUCAAUUCCGUGGCUGUCGCAGCCAAGCUUCUCCAGCAGAGGUUGAGUGUGACCAAGACCCUCGUGGUGGACUGGGACGUGCACCAUGGGAACGGGACCCAGCAGGCCUUCUACAGUGACCCCAGCGUGCUGUACAUCUCGCUGCACCGCUACGACGACGGGAACUUCUUCCCGGGCAGCGGGGCACCUGACGAGGUGGGCACGGGGCCCGGCGUGGGCUUCAACGUCAACAUGGCUUUCACCGGCGGCCUUGACCCCCCCAUGGGAGACGCAGAGUACUUGGCGGCCUUCAGAACUGUGGUCAUGCCGAUCGCCAACGAGUUUGCCCCAGAUGUGGUGCUGGUGUCGUCGGGCUUCGACGCCGUGGAGGGCCACCCCACGCCCCUCGGAGGCUACAACCUCUCCGCCAAAUGUUUCGGGUACCUGACGAAGCAGCUGAUGGGCUUGGCUGGCGGCCGGAUCGUUCUGGCGCUGGAGGGGGGCCACGACCUCACAGCCAUUUGCGACGCCUCGGAAGCCUGCGUCUCUGCUUUGCUGGGAAACGAGCUUGAUCCUCUCCCAGAAAAGGUUUUACAGCAGAGACCCAAUGCGAACGCUGUCCGGUCGAUGGAGAAGGUCAUUGAAAUCCACAGCCAGUACUGGCGCUCCCUGCAGAGGCUCGCCUCCACCGCCGGCUACUCUCUGGUUGAGGCCCAGAAGUGCGAGAACGAAGAGGCCGAGACUGUCACUGCCAUGGCCUCGCUGUCUGUGGGCGUGAAGGCCCCCGAGAAGAGGCCCGACGAGGAGCCCAUGGAAGAGGAGCCCCCCCUGUAGGUGCGCCCGAGGCUGCGGUUCUCUUGUUCGUUUGUCUCCGUCUUGAAGCUCCGCCGAGAAAAGUUGCUGUCGCCCUGCGUCCUGCCACGGCUUCUCCGAGCCCGCAGGUGCGGCGGGGCCGGCGGCAGCGGGCGGCCCUCUGCCUGCCAGGACCCGGACAGACGCCGGGACGCGCGGACACAGGGACACGCGGAAACAGGCGCUCUGGGCUCCCCAGGGAAGCCGCAGAGGAAGGAAGCCUGUGGUGGCUCGGGGCAGAGCUGCUGAUCUAGCCGACACGAGAAAAAGAAAAUGGAAAUCAAAGCUCUCACGACACAAAGCAAACUUGAUUAAAACUGGUGCUUACGGUUUGGUGAUUCCCCACAAUUCCACAGUCUCCGUGUAAACCACUCAACUCAUCCUGUAGCUUAUUUCUUUUGAAGAGAAAGUCGCCAUGGCCCUGGCCGGCCUCCGAACACCGCGGUGCACAGUGGGGUGGGGCACAGAGUGGGCGAGCGUUUAAGGAGAGAAACUGGACGAGACAGAAACGUGAGCCCGCGGGAGCUGGCUUCGGUUUCUCAAAGCCGGUGGAAGACGCGCGUUUGUGCCUUUCUUUUUAUUGCUCUGAUGGAUUUUUGUGGCUGGGUUUUCUGAAGUCUGAGGAACAAUGCCUUAAGAAAAAAUAAACAGCAGGAGUCGGUGGGACAGUUCCCUGUGGCCGGUGGGACCAGAGGCCGGUGCGUGCUGGCCGGGCCCUCCGCGAGCAGCCCGGCCGUGGCCAGCAGCUCCGGAGGGCUGAGGUCCUGCCACCCUGUUUCACUUUAUUGCUGUUGAAAAAUGGAGGUAGUUCCAAAAAAGUGGCAAAUACUGUUGGGGGUUUUGAAGUCCAACAAAUUUUAAAUGAAUCCAAAGUGUUCUUUUCUCGUACAUCAUAUAACAAUUGAGCAUCUCCAUUUGGUUGUGAAGCAUGUCCUAGGCACACUUUCAGUGUUACGAUCGGAAUGCUUUUUAUUAAAAGCAAGUAGCAUGAAGUAUUGCUUAAAUUUUAGGUAUAAAUAAAUAUAUAUAUGUAUAAUAUAUAUUCCAAUGUAUUCCAAGCUAAGAAACUUGAUUCUUAUGAAUUCUUGAUAAAAUAUUUAUAAUGCAUUUAUAGAAAAAGUAUAUAUAUAUAAUAAAUGCAAAUUGUAAAGGUCCCUGGCGAAUGAACGACUUGUGAAUUAGCUAUCAAGGUGCUUAUGGAAAGGGAUCUAGUUUGAAGCUCAUGUAUUUCUGAACUCCAGAUUGGAGAGCUUUCAAUCACACAUUCGCCACGGGGCAACUACCCUGCAAGAUUGUACUUUCAUUUUAAUUAUUUUCUGACCCAGCCCCUUCCCACUCCAAGCCUCCAUGCACAUGUGUACCUAAUGAGUUUUUAUAGCAAAGAAUAUAAAUUUGCUGUUGAUUUUGUAUGAAUUUUUCACAAAAAGAUCCUGAAUAAGCAUUGUUUUGUGAAUUUUACAUUUUUUCUCACCAUUUAGUGGUUUUCUGAAUGGUAAUAACAUCUAAACUUCUUCCUUUCUGAAUUUUUGCUUGUACAUUUUUUUUUAACUUUGGAAGGUGUUUUCUUUCUUUAUUAUUUUCAUUCUGUUUAUUUUUGUACAGUGAGCACAGAGUUUAUUUUCAGAGUGAGCACCAAAUGUGCAGCAGGGUCUGAGGUCUGCUCCCCUGGUCCCGUCCCUCGGCUGGACAUCGAGUGCAGGGCCCUUCUUGCCGUCUGCGCAUUGUGGGCCCGGGAGGGGGCGGGAGUCAUCGCAGCGCUGACUUGGGGGGGCUUGCCAGACACCAUGGGCCAUCAGCAUUCUCAAAGCUUUUGUUUAAACUUCUCUGACCACGUGGUCAGGAUAGAAUUUUCAUUUCACUUUUCCAAAGACCUUGUAAGCAUGUCCGCAACGUGUGGGGCUGGGGGGGCCCGGCACCCACUCUGGGUUCUUCCGCUGCAGCCGCAUGGUGGGGCCCCGGCCGGGAGGCCUGGAGCUCGGAGCCUGUGGCUGCAGGGAGCCUGGGCCCGCAGGGACGGCAGACUCCUGACCGGGACGGCCAGCCUCUGCUCUUUUUCUCUUUGACAGUAACUGAAAGUCACUUUUUACUGGUAACUUAUUUUCCAGCACCUGAAGCCACCAAGUGUCAUUCCAAAGUGUACGUCAGGUUCUGAGUCGAGGGAGUGCAGAACAGCUUGCCCGCAGCCGGGGGCCCCCAGCCAAGUCUCAAGUUUGGCAACGUUUACAGGGUAGCUUCUGAAAGAGACUCUGACGCAGCCGGACUUGGACCAAGAGAAUCCAGCUCCUUGGACUGGCUUGGUCACCACCGGCUGCUGGUGGUCAGACUUGGGAUGGUGGUGGAGAGCGGGACAGGAAGGCCUUGGGACACGUCUGGCGUUCUCCCCUCCUGGCCUUUUGCCCUGAGGCCCAAGCUGGCAGGGGUGCUGGAGUGUGCGGGCAGCUGGGUCCACCCAGCGGCCACAGCGGUGGCAGGGCCCAGCCGGCCGGCUUUUCUGGCCUUCUCGGCCCCCUUUUACUGCGGGGACCCCCCGCCCCCCCCGCUGCCUGCCCACUUCCCGCCAGCCGUGGCUCCUGGGGAGGAACACCUCAUCUGGCAUUCUUUACAGGUGGUGGGUAACACGGACCCUGGUGGCCAAGUUAUCUUUGGGGGGAUUUACUUCUAAUCUCAUUCAACAGAGACUUCCUCUGCAGAAGGCCCGGUAGGGGGAACGUUGUCAUUUGUCAGCUCACUCCAGCUUCACAGGCGUGCUUAAAGCAGUACCGUGUAGCCUUUUCUUUUCUUUAAAGACACAGGCCUUCUUGACGGCCAGCCGUCCAGGGCAGAUGGCGGAGGGCCCACCUGGGGUGCCCGCAGGCCCACCGCCUCAGGGAGGGCCCCUCACACCUUCCCUCUGUGGUCCCUGGACCUCUGGCCUUUUUGUUCCUUUGCAGAGGCCUUGGGGGCACUGGCCGGGGGUCAGCAAGUGAGCACUUUAUAUCCCUUUGCGGGAAACCCCGUGAUGCCCCGGGACUCGUGGUGUCACCCUGCCUUUGGGCCUUCCAGCUGCGCCACGCGGCGCCCAAGCCCCACCAGCAGGCGGCCGUCCGAGCCCCUGGGACUGGCCGCCCCUCCGGUUCUGAAGGGCCACUUUGUCAAAGUGUUUGGGUUUUUCUUUACUUCUUUUCAAAGUUUGUUUCCAGAGGAAGGACCGUUUUGUACUGGUCUGAUUUUUGCAGCAUUGCAAUGGAAUUCCUUGUUUUUAAUUUUCGAUCAGAACAUUCCUUCUCUCCUGGUCACAGCCAUGCGUUCAUUCCAUUCUUCUUUUUGUAGACUUUUGGCCCACGUGUUUUAUGGGUAUUGAUACAUAUAUAAAUAUAUAUAUAAAUACAUAUGAAUAUAUUUUUUUAAGUUUCCUACACCGAGGUUGCAUGGGCUGUUACGAGCGGCAUGUCUUUAUAUCGUAUACGGAUUUUGCACGCCAAACGCGGCAGCUUGGGGAAGAAGAGAAAUGCCUUUUUGUUCCCCUCCCAUGACAUUUGCAGACACAAAAGAUGGGAAUUUUUCUGUAAAACGAAACAAAACCUUGAAGGAGAGGGAGGGAGGGGGGAACGUUUGCAUCUUAUUGAACUUAUUCUUAAGAAAUUGUACUUUUUAAUGUAAGAAAAAUAAAAAGGACUACUUAAACAUUUGUCAUAUUAAGAAAAAAGUUUAUCUAGCACUUGUGACAUACCAAUAAUAGAGUUUAUUGUAUUUAUGUGGAAACAGUGUUUUAGGGAAACUACGCAGAAUUCAAAGUGAACUGCCUGUCUCCCUCGGGUUGAUUUAGAGGGAUUUGUUCUGUUUGGUUUCUUCCCUUCUCUCCUUGCUCAGGGCAAGGCGAGCGCCGCUCCCCGACCCCCAGCCCUGGUGGCCGUCGGUUCUGCUGGGGAACCCGAGGCCCCAGCGGCCGUUUCCGCACAGCUGUGCCGACUUUUCCUGACUUUUAGAUCACGUAUGGCUAAGAUUUCACUUUAAACUCAGCAGUCGUGAACUGUGCUGCACUGUGGUUUCAAAUCGUACUUUGCAUCGAGAGGAAACCAUUUCUUCCUUGUAACGAAGCAGAGCUUUCCCAGCUCAGCUCACUCUGUCUUUGACAUGAUUAAAAGCCUCCUGUUGAAGGAAAAAGAAAGCAGACAGUUUCUGUUUGUUUUUGUUGUUGUUUUGGUGUGUGUGCUCCACAGUGGAGGCGCUAUUUUCCAAUUUACGAGAGUGACAAGCAUGUCACCCUAUGUCUACAGGAGGGGGUUGGCCCUAUUCACCCAAGAGCUCCUCACGGUGUCGUGGAAAACGCAGUGGUGACGACUUCCUGUCCCACCCGACGCCUGUUCGCGCUAAUGCAGGCGCCGCGCUGGUAGCAGAGACCCGUCUCAUCUGUAACUUAUCAGUUCUCUGAUUGUCUGGACCUCCCAGUGGUUCUUUCCUUUGCUCAGUGGAGUUGGAGGUUUUGUUCUUGGUUUUCUCAUCCUUGUUUCCUUCUCUGUGGGUGGAUUUUCACCGACUGAGGUGUCCUCCCCUGACGGCCGACUCCACUUCACCCGGAGUCCAGUGUUUGUACCUCAUCAUACGACUUGUCACUCUUGUGGUGUAAAUAAAAAGCAUUACUUUCCCUCCCA